UAAUUUUAAUCAUCCAGAAUUAUCACUGAAGAAAUAAAUCAGCCCUGCUAAAAGAUCUGAUGCAGAUAUUAUUGGUUUUAAAUUUACAGCAGUUAAUAUAUUUUAAUUGAGAUAUAAUCACAGAUGGAUGUGAUUGGAAAGAAUAAUGGAUUUAUAAUUCACACGAGUAAUCAGAUGAAGAGGAAUGUAUUAAAUACUUUGCUAGAUGAUUUGUGAAAUAUUAAUGUGGAGUGUUUCCUCCAUUGAAUGCCUGUUAAUAUGAUGAUAAGGCAUGAUUUAGCUGAUGACUGUUAAUGAUUGUCAAUUAUUGAUAUUGCGUGAGGGGAUUAUUUAUUGUGUAGGUGUUCAGUGGAAGCAUCAGAUAAGAGUUGCGUACAACCUGCGUACCAACAUCUGACAAACUGGAGUCUAUGGAACAUGACAUGUGCCCCUGGCAAGUGGACAAGAAUGGUAGUGUAGAUCUUGGAGAGGCCGGUAUCUAAACUGUGCCCGAGGUCCAUGAGCCUUAUCCCCGGCAGAUCUGCGGCUCUGCUACUGAUCGCCCCCUGAUCAAGGCUCUAUAGGCUGGCUGUGCUGGAGUAGUGGCAGCAUGCUAUGGGACUAUAGCCUCACUCAGUGACUGACUAACUGGAAACAAACAUCUUUACCAAUAGUGCUGCUUGUGGUAUUAGCCAAUACGGAAAUUCAUUUGCGCAAUAAGCAACCAGUGAGGAGUGGAGGGCUUAUACAGGCAGUUUUACCCUGUGCUGUGUGAAGUGCAGUCAGCUUGUUUUAGUUGAUUUUGUUGUCUGUUAUGUUAUGUGCAUUUACAGUUUUAAUUGACUUUCCGAUUUCUGUCUUCAACCUUGUGGAGAAAAAGUGUCAUCCAAGCUGUUUUGCCUACUGGAAGGAAUUAGCACUCUUGUGAGCUUGCACACAACAAGUUGAGGGUGUCUGUAGUUGUUCUGGACCCAUCUUGUCUGUUCUCACACAUUACAGACUCUAAACUAAGUCAGCGAAAUCGGAUUCAGCAGCAAUCUUUCCUCUGAUCCCGUGUUACCAUUGUAGAUAAUUGUAUUUGAGAAGGAUUCAGUCAGAAUUAGUGAUACAGGGUGAAAUAAAAUUGACAGACAUAUUCAAGCUAACCUUGCCUGACUUUCUACUAUUUGUCAUUUUAUUUGUGUCAUGCACAGGAAAAGUUGUUGUCUCUUGUAUUUAUUUGUUUCAAUUCACACUAAUUUCUAGUUACUUGAUAUCAAAAGGACUUCUUAUGUGGACAUUGACAGGGAAUCAAUAGUGGCAACAACUUCUUAGUGUUAUUGCAAGUGGAGGAUUAAAUAGGUCACUAACAGCAGGAAGACAGGAAGGAGAACUUUGAUAUUACUUCAAGCAUUAUGAUGGAUACAGACAUGCUCUCCUCCAGAAGCAUGCAUUCCCCAGGAUCCAACAUGGAGAACGGCCGGCGCGAGCCAGACCCAGACGCAAUCAAAAUGUUUGUUGGACAAGUACCUCGAUCCAUGGAUGAAAAUGAUCUCACAAAAAUGUUUGAACAGUAUGGAUCAGUGUUCCAGUUAAAUGUUCUUCGUGAUAAAGUCUCUGGACAAAGUAAAGGCUGCUGUUUUGUCACGUUCUACACAAGAAAGGCUGCACUCGAUGCACAGAAUGCUUUACAUAAUAUCAAAACAAUGCCUGGGAUGCAUCAUCCUGUGCAGAUGAAGCCAGCGGACAGUGAAAAAAGAAAUGGUGAGCUGUACACUGAAGAGAGAAAGUUAUUUAUAGGCAUGUUGUCAAAGAAGUACAGUGAGACAGAGGUGAAGAUGAUGUUUGCUCCAUUUGGCAACAUAGAGGACUGCACCGUAUUGCGAGACCAGAAUGGGCAGAGCAGAGGUUGUGCAUUCAUUACGUUCUCCAGUCGCCAGUCCGCCACGAACUGUAUCAAGAACAUGCACCACUCACAGACUAUGGAGGGCUGUAGCUCACCACUGGUUGUGAAGUUUGCUGAUACUCAAAAGGAGAAAGAACAGAAGAAACUUCAGCAGAUGAAUGCCAACCUGUUGGCCUCGUUUGGGGGAGGGACGGGCGGGGGAGGGCUCAAUCUCGGCCCCCAGUACCUAGCUGUAAGUGGGGACAAUCUAGGCCAGCAGUAUCUAGCUGUACAGGGGAACAAUCUAGGGGCCCGGUAUCUACCUCUUUUACAACAGGCCAUGAGUACUGGAAACCUGGGCAUGUUUGCCAGCAUGGGCAAUUUAGGACAAAAUGCAUUGAAUGUUCAGCAAUUAUUGGCUCUCCUGGCAGCAGCAAGUAAUAACCCAGGCCUUCUAGCAGCGUUGGCUGCUCUCGCAAGCGGAAACUCCUCUGGCGGCACUAAUUCUCCGACCACACCCACCUCGACAAAUUCGACCAAUAACGCGUCAGGCGAUGCCUCCAGUAACAUGCACCUCCAGAACCUUCAGGGCUUGGCGGCACUGGCCAAUGCCUCCGCUAACCCAGGUACGAGCCUUCUUGAUCCACACAUCUACGGCCUCGUGUCUCAAGCACAUAACAUGCAGGGCCAUAGUAGGGCCACACAUACCCCCGUCACUAAUAUGGCCAUGCCCAACAUGAUGGGGAACAGUAACGGGGUUCCUUCACAUUUCGGAAACAACAACUCUUUUGGCUUUGGAAAUAAUGGGUCAUCAGGUGGGGGGUCAAGUAAUAUUGAUUUGGCGACAAUCAUGAAAAAUAUGGGAGACUUUAGCAAAGUGUUUGGCAAUUUAGCAAAAAUGGGAAAUAGCGGCAUGUCCCAAGGCGGAAUGGGAAGUAAUUCUGGUAGAAGUAUGGUGAACGGGAAUGCAGGUGUGAUGGGCAUGGGAAAUAUGGCCAGGACUGGGGCAAUGGGAAUCAAUGGCAGUUUUAAUAGUAUGCAUGGCAAUGCAAACAUGAAGAUGGAUACCGGCCAGAAUAUGGUGGCAGGAGGGGCUUCCAACCUUCACAACCAAUCAGCCUCUCUGUCCGGCUCUAACGGUUCCCUCAGUGGGUUCACAGGACUGCAGGGGCUGGGAAACAGCCUCGCCGCCACCACCAUGUCGCCCAGCCUCACCAAUGGCAACUCCGGGCUUGACGCCUUAAGUCAGGCGUACACCGGAAUUCAGCAAUACGCAGGUUUGUCAGGUUUACUCAGCCCAGCUACAGCCUCAUUUCCCAGCGCUUUCAGCACGCAGACAGCCCAGUUACAGGCAGCCAACUCAGCCGCUGGCAAACAGACAGAAGGCCCCGAGGGUGCUAACCUGUUCAUCUACCACCUGCCGCAGGAGUUCAGUGAUCAGGACCUCAUGCAGACAUUCAUGCCAUUCGGAAAUGUGAUAUCAGCCAAAGUCUUCAUUGACAAACAGACAAAUCUUAGUAAAUGUUUUGGUUUUGUCAGUUAUGACAACCCAGUCUCCGCCCAGGCUGCCAUCCAAGCCAUGAAUGGAUUUCAGAUUGGAAUGAAGAGGUUAAAAGUGCAGCUCAAACGAGCAAAGAAUGACAGCAAGCCAUAUUAGUCCUAGCUAGGCAUGCACUGUACAGACACAAAUCACUUGACGUGGCGUGUUACAUCGUGCCAAUCCAUCUGCGUGUGUUCCAUGUUCUACGUGUUGCCUAGCGAUAUCGCCGUAGCGAUGGGUCCCGCCCUCUGUCAGCUGCCUUCACGUUAUGUGUCUAUCUGUGCGCUAGUGUCUCAUCAACAAAUCAGACAAACCAUUAUGUUUCUUGUGUUUAUAUUGCAUAAUUUAAGUGGGAAAUAGUGGUUCUCAUUGGAAAAUAUAAACCUGUGUAUUGUUUUAACUGUGUAUCUUUCUGAUUCAAUGUUUUGACUAUUUUUGUUAUCAUUGUUUAAUGGUGGUAGGUCUGACUGUUUGUACUUUAUGUUAGUUGUAAAGUAGACAAGUAUUCUCAAAGAGUUUUCUUGAGUUUUUGUUUCUUUGUUUUUGUAAAUAAUUUGUUUUACAAGUUACUACAAAAUGUACACUGGUAUGUGUAGAAAAUGUGCUACCUGGUUAUUUGUUGUCUUUUCUUAAUUUUAUCAAAUUACAAGUUUUUAUCAAAUGUUUGAUAUUUUAUAGUUUAACUUUCGUCGUAUUCUACAAGAAUUGAAGUCAAUGAGUAAAGUUUAAGAUUCCAUUGUAAGCUGACUUGCUGUUUUGAAACUACUGUUUAUUCCAGAAACAUGCUUAUAAAUGGAAUAUAUUUUAACAGGUUUGAGAUUUUAUAUUUUUAUGAAAAUGCCUUUUAUGUAGCUGUUUUAUAUGUAAUGUUAUUCAUCUAGGACUGCUUUUCACCUGUGUAUUUUGUUAUUUGUACAGCUUAAGGAAUAUUACACUAAACUGAAUCUGCAAGUUAUAAAGUAAUCUUAUAUGACUGUGGUGUUCUGGUGGUUUGUAAAGCAGGAGUUGAAUAUAAGAUGUGGUUGACGACCUCACAGGGCAAGUGGAACGUGAUGUCUUGCUUUCAACAACUGAACAAGUGCUAUUCAAUACACUGGAACACCACUUGUAUUUAAUUUUCCAUUUAUGAUAUACCUACUAAUGAUAAAAACAAAUAAAAAUAUUCUUAAAAACAAAAUUAUUAUUGCAAAUGGGGUCAAUGUAUGCACAAGCAAAAAAAGCAUGUUUUAAAAAGACACUUACUAAAAGAUAGUAUGACUUACACAAUUGAGAAAGCAUAGUGUGCAUGUCUACAAAUAGAACAUGUUUUUCUCAAUGUCCCUAAGAACUUUAAGGAUAUUUGCAAUACAUAACACAUAAAAUAAAUAGCUUGCUCAGCCUUUGAAUACAGAUAAAGGAUUUCACACUAUCAAAUACAGAACUCCUUUCCAGUAGCUUGUAUUUUAUAGUGGAAAUACUCCAUUAUUUUAGUAAGAAUAUUUAUACAUGUAGGUGAAAUACAAGUAAUUCUGAAAAGGUUGUAGGGACUGAAUCUUUAUCAAUGUAUGCGGUUCAAGACUUGUAAAAACCCACUAUCUUGCAAAAUCAGUUUUUAUUUUUAUUCCAAUAAUGUUUUAUGCUAUGUUAAUCCAUAUAACAUCGUCAUAUGUACUUCUUUACUUACUACUAGAUAACACCAUAUAAUUAUGAUUUCCCCUGAUACAUUGUAAGGGUGGGAUAUGCUGGAAUCUACAUGGCUCUUCAUCUGUGGGAAAAGUAUACAUCUCUGAAAUGACAACUUCCAGAUGUUUUAUUUUUGGUACUUUACAUUGUAUAUUUGACAUCUACUGAUUUUCGUGUCUUGGCGUGGAGGGUAUUCAUCUGUGACAAGCUCUAGUUUCAUCUGUUUAGAAACAAUUCUUUGUGAAUUACAUUUUUAAAUGUUCUCUUAAGCAGCUGUAAAGAACAAUUCAUAACAUCCACUAUGGCGGACUGAGUUAUGCUUGCUGCACUAUUCAUACAUGUUUGGGGAUAUUCUCCUGUGUUAGCUGUGUACGACAUGUUUGUGAAUACUAAAACAGUGGCUGUUUGUACAAAUACCACUUGAAGUUACUUGUUAACUUAUAUUCAUACUUGGAGUGUUUAACAAAUAAAGGUGCAAAUAUUCAUGUAUUUUUCUAUGAUAAAGUGCAGAACAAUCAGCCCAUGCAUGUGUCAGCCUGUUGGGUGGACCUUAGGAUUGUAUACACUGUAUAGGUCACCAAUGUACAUAGAGUAGUGCCUGUAACCUCUGCGUAUGUGCAGAUGCAAGUUGUUCAUGUUGCAUUCAUAAAAUGUACGGAGAAAAUCAAAAUUUGACAUUACAAUGUAUUAUGUUAUAAUACUUCAAUGCAAUUUCUAUGAAAUUGUAAGGCUAUUAUCGCUAUUUUUAUGAAUGUUAUUGUGUUAAAUGUUAGAAAAUAUUUAUUAGAGGAAGAAUCCAAAUGUCCUGUCCAAAUGUGCUGUAUUGUUUGUAUUGACUGUUCCUAACUCAAAGAGAAUGUUCUGUGGUUGUGCAGGAGUACGUGCAUGUGAAUCUGUCCAUUGGUAAUGAAUGCUUGAGGAACAUUCAUUUUCCCUAUUAUAUUUGCAUUGAAAGACUCCUAGCGAUCAUUAAGCAGAUGUUUAAAAGAUUAUUUUAAUGAUUUCUUUGAAACUGAGAAGAUUCAUUACUAAACAAUUUCUGUAACUUAGACUUACACCUGUUGCACAAUGUUUAAUGAUACCUAUGUCUUUGUUUUAUUUAGUGAACAGAAAUUAAAUAUUGUUCAAUACGUAAAAGGUUACUUUAUAUGAAGCUAUCUGGCAGACAAUCAAAAGCAAGGAGGAAACUGUGUCUUGUAUGUUGAAAAUGCGUUUUGUGUUUUUUGUAAAUAUACAUUUAUUUUUUAUAUUAUUUUGCAAAUGACAAUAAUGCCUAAUAUAGGUGAUGUAUUAUCAAGAAUCAAAACUGACAUCUGGUCUCAUUGUUGUAUGGUGUAUGUGUAUAUGGGACAAGAGACAUUAUUACCAUGAAAGUAUACACAAUGUAAUCAGAUGAGGAGUGCAGUAUUCUGUUUAACAUGUUUUAUUUAACCCUUUGCACGCUGGGAAAUUUGUAGUCUGCUAAAAUGUCGUCUGCUGAAUUUAUAAAAUUAGCAUUUUAUUUUAUUUUUUUUCAAAGAAUACUUUCAGAAUAGCAAACAGUUUGGAUCCUGAUGAGACACCACGUUCUGUGGCAUCUCAUCUGGAUCCAAACUGUUUGCAAAGGCCUUACAAAUUCGGUUCCCGCAUUGUAAGGGUAAAGCUUGUUCCAGUCAAAACAGUUACACAAUGAUUUGUGAAGUAGAAAUUCCCUUUUUCUGUCAUUUUUCAAGGUUUUAAUAUGUUGCCAUAUCAUUGAAUCUUGCCUUUUUGUUUAUAGAGAUGUUUUUGUUAAUUACAAAUUGAACAUUUUGUUGCUUGUUAGUUUUUGUGUUAGCUCAGUUUAUAACAAUGCUAUUCCAUGACAUUGAUAGGAUAUUUUUUAUAGUGUGCAAAAAGACAAACAUGUUUUAUUGAAAUACAGUGAUAUUAAAUAAUCAAAAUAAUACAAUUGUAAAAGUUAAUGUGUUCAACCAUACAAAUAAAUAUUUUCAUAGUUUCAUUUCAUAUAUAUGUAGAAUUAAUUAAUACUGGUAGAUUUUAUAUACUUUUUACUAUAUUAGUUGGCUAUCUAGAAUCAAUAAAGGGUAAGUUUUGUUGUUACUUUUUAUAACAUUUGUAAAUAUUCAGAUACAUGUAUUAUAUGGCAUAUUUUAUUUAGCAAGAUUAAGAAGUGAUACAUUCAUUAGUUUCAUAUUUAUGUUGUAUCAUUUGUAGUCAUAUUCACACAGUUACCAUGACACUUCACAUCCAUACUCUAAUAGCUUACUUAUUAUCUAUACGAGUUCCUUAGAAAUGUUAGAAACUGUACAUUGAGCUUAAAUAAAAAUCCUGUUAUAGAAUGCUUAAACAUGGCACUUUCCCACAUAAUGAUAUAGUACUUGCUGUUACUAGAUCUGUAAAAUAUAAGUUUUACACAUGGCCAAGAUAUAUCAGACAUAACACUUUGAAAGAUCCAUGGCUUUUGUUUAACACCCUGAAGUUAGAACUUCUCUUCAACAAUAUAGAGUGUAUACCAAAUGUUGACAAGUAGUGGUACUGUGAACCAAAUAUAGUUUAAAGUUAAGGUUGUACAUUUAACUUAAAUGAUAGUGAAAUUCUUUAGCAUGAUAUACUGGUCAAAGAGUUUGUUUGUGAUGGGGUUUUUUAUGGGUGUGGGAUGGGUGUCCUACAAACUAUGGGAGGGGUGUCCUACAAACUAUGGGAGGGGUGUCCUACAAACUAGCAAUCUCACAAUAACAGAAGGUGUAGUGUCAGGCUGACAGUUCACUUGUUUGAGAGACAAACCGUUUUGAAUAAAACUGCAAUAACAUCAGAUUUUUUUUCUUUCCAUUUAAUUAAAUGCCAAGAUGUCAGACAUAGAGCUGAAAUAAAAGUGAGGCCAGUUAUGAAGGCGCUAUAUUGCACCAUAAUUGCCAAAUGAAGGACCAAUAACCAAAGACCAGAUUUUAUUGUGGAAUAGCUAGGAUAAUAUUCUGUUUCAGCCUUCCAAAUGUUCUGAACUGAAAAUUAAAUCCUGUUUAAAGGGUUUAGCUUUGGAAAAUAUGUUCCCAUGUAUUGUGAAUGAAAAUGUUGUCGCAACACAACAGUUUUGUAAAAUAACUUCAGUAAAUGUUUAUUACAGAUUGAAACAAAACAUUGAAAAACAAUAUUUAAAAGAGAAAUAACAAACAAAUAUGCAGAAUAAUUAGGUGUUGUCUGUUUAAUUAAUUACAAACAAAUGCUGGACCCAUAGCAGUGUCUACCUCAUAUAACACUCCCUAAUGUUGAUCUUGUCUGCAUAUGCACUUGUAAAUGAAAGUACAUAGCAAAGUUCUACAUGACACCUGUGAAGGCAAGCUAGUAACCACAGUAUUUUAUUUGACAAGAUAAUACACUUUCAAAUGACUAAUUAUUUGGUUAUUGGUCCUCUUUGGCUGUUGGUCUUCGACCACUAUAAUUAAACAACCCUGGUGAUAACUAACUUGUUUUAUGGAAUGUUCAAUACAAAACAUAUCAUUUUAUGUUUAUGUAUCAUUGUGUGCUGAUGUCAUAGUGACAUUUAGGCAUCCGAUGACAAUUAUUCCAUAAUUCUUAGUGUGCAACUUUAAACAUAAAGUUAAUAUUACUUGAAAAUGAUACUUGUGAACUUAAGCAUAAAGUACAGGUUAGAAGUCCUAUAUUCAUAUUUACCUUUUGUUCGUACUCGCUUUUCAAGAGAUAAAGGACAGAAUAACAGUAAGUAAUGGAUAUUUAAUUGUAUAAACUACUUAAGUAUUUAACAUAACAGUACAAUAAAAAUGUAUGCAAGGAAAUGUCAGCUUGAGAUAUAUUUCAUAAAAUGUCUUUAGGUUGAAUAUUAGAUCUACACUAAGAAAACCCACUUUCAGCCUCCAGUAGUUGCUAUGAUUAGUUGUGCACCUUUAUUUUGUCUUCUUCACUUGGUAUCUCAGGAAUAUAUGUCCAAUUUGUGUUUCCUUGAGUUGAAUCAAAACAAAACUAUCGUACAGUAUUUCUUGUGUGAAAAAACGUCAGUGAAUGGCAGAAUAUGUAUUAAAUGUGGUUGUUCUAUGUGUUACUUGUAUUUGAACAGUGAACUACGUUCAGUAUGUUUGUAUAUCUAUGGUUAUUGAAUUUAUAGAAAAUUUUAUAUAUUUAUUUUGUCAACACUUAUGAAUACAAUGUUAAAUGUUAACUGUCUAUGUUCUGUCGUCUUGGUAAAUUAAUGUAUAGUAAAUCUGCCAACUGCGUCUAAGUCAUGUGUAGCCUGUUUCUUGGUCUCUAUGUUUUCAAGAUAGUUUUGAUGCUGUGAUCAAACAGUCCAGUUGACACAUGUUUUGUUCCUUCUGUUAUUUGUAAGUUGCAGUUGUUGUUCCUUCUCGUGUUUAUUUUUCUCUCUUCUCCCAAAGUCUUGCCCCUUUCACGUAUCUGGAGUGAUGUGAUAGUGUUAUUAUUUUGUGUUAUUUUCUGAAGUUAAUUAACUUUGUUGUGACAUUAACCCACAUUUGCUGUUUUGUAGGGAAUCUGGUUAUUGUAAUACAUACUGUGCCUACAUUGGGAGUCUUGUGAUUUUAGUGUUUAAUGUGUCUUCAUGAUCCAGAAUAUUUGCCUAGGGUGGUUCAAUUGCACCUCUUUCAAAUUACAUUCAGUGAAGCCAAGUGCCUUUGAGUGAAAUUGAGCAAUACAAAAAGAUUCACAAAUCUCAUCAAACAUGUUAUUUUGUAAUUUUCUAAAUCGAUUCAAGAAAUGUUUAUUUGCCCUGUGUACUUUUUAAUGUACAUUUAUUGGUAUUUGUAUAGAUAUAAUUUGGCUUUAUUAUUUUAUGGCAAAAUUUGUUUGCAGAUUUAAAUGGUUUGUAUAUAUAUUGUAACCACCAUAAGCAAAUAUUCUAUAAGUAUUCUGUAUCUUCAAUAUCAUGACUGUAUUGUUCUGUAAAUUAAGAAGAACGCACAUAGCCUAAUCAAAAUGUGAAACUGUUUAUCUCGAAAUAAACUAUACGUACAUGAUGACAUAGCUACCUGUUAACUAAACUUUAACUUUGUGUGUACUGUUUUUGAUACGGGAUACUCGACCAUUUCAAUUACCCCUCUACUAGUGUUCUCUUCUACAUUUAUUUCAAAUUGAAAGGCAGUAUUUUGGUUUGUGACAUUUGUAUUAUGUUAUUUGUCGUGAGUUAAUAUUGUACAGAAAUAUCUGACAAAUAAAAAGCAUUCAAUCAA